AUGGCAAGGUCGGAUAAACACGGCCUUGUUUUCGGGGGUACUGGCCUUAUUGGCUGGGGCGUCGUCAACGAGUUGCUCUCGGGUUAUCCUGAGCAGGGGGUAUUUAACAGAGUCACCGCAGUCACCAACCGUUCGCUCAAAUUGGAAGAUACAUACUGGCCAGAGGUAUUGCCAGGCUUACCCGAACUUCAGAUAUGCUCAGGAGUUGACCUCUUGAACGGAACUGGCGAAGACCUCGCGGCUACUCUAGAGAAGAGGGUGCCAGACAUCCAGGGCAUCACUCAUGUCUUCUACUUUAUCUUCACUUCUUUUUUGAAUGAUUUUGAACAAGAGUGUGCAUUGAAUUGCGGUAUAAUGCGAAAGGUGGCAGCGGCCGUAAAUAUGCUCUGUCCCAGCCUUCAGUCAUUCGUUUACUCAGGGGGCACUCGGGGAUACGGUAUCUAUAAUCCUAGCAUCAAUUUCAAAACUCCGCUCGAGGAACACAUGACCAACCAGCUUCCCGAGGAUUAUGCUAAAAUUGUGGCAUAUCCGUGGUUUAGGGAGAUACUCACCGAGGCCGCAAAAGGCCGCGGAUGGGCCUGGACGGAAGUCUGCCCUGAUGUCGUCGUUGGCUUCAGCCCGAUAGGCUCUGGGUACUCGCUCGCACUCCAUUGGGCGCAAUAUCUCUCGUUAUACGCCUUCAACCACGGCAUCUCGGGCUCAAACACUGAGAAAAGGGUAGAGAUUUCCUUUCCUGGGACCAAGGCUGGCUUCGACGCCCGAUUUACGCAGGUAUCUACUCGCAUUCUUGGACGGAUAAGUAUUUUUGCAUCUCUCAACCCAGACAAGCUCGGUGGACAGAUCAUUAAUACGCUUGAUGACCCGACCCCUACAACAUUCCGCAAGCUGUGGCCCGAGAUUGCGGGUUGGUUCGGCCUGGUAGGCGUUGGCCCUUCUGGAAACGAGGGAUCCUCGCUUACCCCAAGCGAAUACAUCGCGGAACACAAGCAUCUCUUCCAGGAACAUGAGCGUCCAAAGGGUGUCACGGCAGGAGUUGGUGCUGGUAGCAAACAGCUUGAUACAGUCGGGUACUGGCUAGAUUUCGACAGAGAGCUUAGCGCCGAUAAGCUCCGGUCUGCUGGCUUCCUUGAACAACAGUUUCCGGCUCAUUCAUGGAUAGAAGCUUUUAGGAGGCUCAGGCUUGCUGGUGUUAUCUUUUAA